AUUGGAUCAAUUCAGUUAGUGGAUUCCCAUGUCUUGCUUUUCACUUUUUAUUUCUUCUACUUUUCAAAACCAACAAUGUAUCCAUAGUUUUAUUUCCUUUAACAAGUUAAAAAAAGUAGACCACUCACCUUCAUCAUCUUUCAACUGUUUUUCUAAGGCUGGUUGGACUCCUUCUACUGGAACGGUCAAGGAUUUUGUGACCAAACGAGCCAUUUACACUCUUUGCUACUAUUUUAGUGAGUUGCAUGACGAAUUUUCUAGAACAUGGUUACUUGAGUUUGAAAAUUUUGGCAACCGAGGUGAACUUCGAGACGGCUCUUAUGCUUACCUGUUGAGACUAUUCAAGUCGCCUAUGCAUAUUUUUGAAAUUUCAAGUGGACCCGACCCACGUUAUCAUUCGUAUAGUCGUAAGUUUGAAAUAGAAAUAAGUCCUUCUUCUAUAGCCAUUCGACUGAUGAGAGUACGAGAACAAGUAGCAGCAGAAUGUGCUAGUGACUUGGCUUUGGUAUCUGCAGAAAAUUUGGAAAUCAACAGACAGCAAAUGGAGCUGUCACUCAAUGUGGGUGCUGAUUUGGAGCCAUUGCGUAGUUUAAUUUUUGAGAAUGAUCCUUUUACUUCGGAUUCCACCCCAUUGAGAACGGAAACGUAUCGUAGGUUACAAGCAUUGUUAACUGAAGCUGCUGUAUGUGAAUAUCUCGCGGAGCUUCGUGAGACAAGUUAUCAUGACUAUCUAUGGUUAAUGGAAUAUCGUGAUGCAGCCAAAUUAUUUGGAAAAUAUAGGAAACACCAAGAAAAGUUUUCAUCUGGAUAUCCUUAUCUAUGGAGUGGAGAAUAUAACAAGCAAGGGUUUCUCUUCAAUAUGUUGCGUUUGGCUCCUAUUCAAAGAACCCAUCCUGUCAAGUGGAUAUAUCCCAAUCAAAUUGCUCAUCGUUUAAUGGAACUUCGUCUGGAAGUCGGUGAAAGAUGGAUACAAGAACUCCAGUCCAUUCCUAGUGAUCAUCAGAAAUUGAUCUAUUCUCAUCUAGAAUCCAGUAUUCCUUCUUCUACUUCAGAAGAAGACGAAUAGAUGGUUAGGGAUUGUUGUGAAUAGAAGGAAUAGAGAGAAAGGUUAUUAUUGUGUGUUGUAUAUAUAUAUAUAUGCAUAGAAUACAUACAUUUGUUUGAA